UGAUUCGCAGUGUUGCAUAUGUGAUUCACGCGCAGUAUUUAAGGACUGCGAAAUCCUCCUGUGGCCCUCAAAUGUCAUUUGGUCCAAAAGCUGCUCAGAGAUUGGCCAAUAAGGUCGUCCUCAUCACCGGCGCCUCGUCAGGUAUUGGUGAGGCCACCGCCAGAGAAUUCGCUUCUGCUGCCAAUGGUAACAUCAGCUUGAUCUUGGCCGCCAGAAGAGAAGAUAAGCUCACCACCCUCAAAGCUGAUUUGAUCCAACAGUACCCUGAAAUCAAGGUUCUUUCCCGCGUGUUGGACGUUUCAAAAACCUCGUCAAUCCUCAGCUUUGUCAAGGGCCUUCCCGAAGACUUUGCCGACGUUUCCGUUUUGGUGAACAAUGCUGGCAAAGCGUUGGGCCGCAGUGAAGUUGGACAACUCAAGGCCGAAGACGUGUCGGAGAUGCUCGACACAAACGUCUUGGGUCUCAUCACCUUGACCAACGCUCUUUUGCCCCAUUUUCGGGCCAAAAAUAGAGGUGAUAUUGUCAAUGUAGGCUCGAUCGCGGGAAGAGAAGCGUACCCCGGAGGAAGCAUUUAUUGUGCGUCAAAGGCAGCUAUCAGGGCCUUCACCGGUGCCUUAAGAAAGGAAACCAUCAAUAGCAGAAUCAGGGUGUUGGAAGUGGACCCAGGGGCGGUUUUGACGGAGUUUUCAGUGGUGAGAAAUUACGGCGAUAAAGCUGCUGCCGAUAAGGUGUACGAAGACACAGAGCCGUUGGGACCCGAGGACAUUGCCGAGGCGAUUGUGUUUGGGGUGACGAGAAACUUGAAGGUGGUGAUAGCCGAAACCCUUAUUUUUCCCACCCACCAGGCCGGAGCUGGUGUUUUGCACCGGGGUUCGUUGGGGCAAUAGGUGGACAUACACAUAUGAAUUAUUUUAUGACAACUUCUUCCAUAGGUCCCUGGGACUCGAGUAUGUGUGUGGCCAAGCAUGUGGUCCAAAUAUUGUGGUGUUGAUUGUCUAGUCGAUAAACAUCUCUAAACGUCAAUAUAGUCAAUAAACACCUCGAACCGUCUAUGUGCUUUUGCACCCAGACGGGUACAACAUCAAGGAAUCGAUGGUCCGGGCCGUAGUAGAUAUCACCAGCAAAUGCACAUGUUCAGUUGUGUAUUGCUUAUCGUUUUGUAACCAUUAAGGUGCACAAGGUGCAAACAGGCUAAUCACAAGUGCCAUGGACGCACGGCCCGCGCUCGCACUUUAAACCCCCCUAGCAACACCUCCCAAGUUGUACAAACUAUCACCAAGGAUGAAGCUAUCGGUAUUCCACAAGUAUAUAACGGUCGUGUUGCUCGUCAUCAACGUGGCAUUUGUAUAUAAAUACCUCCACGAAUCCCCGCUCUCCAUUCCUAAUGUUUUCAAGUCCACCUCGUUAUCAGAAAAAUUUGAGGCCUCGCUCCCACAAAACUCUGACCCAUACACCAUAUAUAACCGCCUCCCCAUUGACUUGGCCAACGCAUCGGCCGUGUUCAACACGGUGGAAGGUGCCUUGAAGCAGAAGGAUGCAAACACCCAUCCGGUUGGUAUUUCCUUCAUUCCUGCUUAUAUACCUCCAAAUACUCGGCUUUAUCACUCGCGAAGCGAUGGAAAUGUACCACAUCUGUUCGAAUGGGUCGCUUUCGACUACGAGUUCAGCUACGCGUUUGCUGGGUUUCAACGCAGUACCAACUCGUCGGGAGUCAUCGAACACAACUGGCGGGGCCGUGAACAUACCUUGUUUACCUUCAAGAACACCAAAUCCUUAGAUAAGUUGAUUUUCUUGGACGGAGCAUCUGCUGCCAAAUCUGGCUCCGAAAUGGACCAGCAGAUGAUCUUGUCAAACCAGACUAACACCACUGAGUACGUGGACGAGAGAGUUGCUGCUGACAAAAUUUGCAAAUGGGGUGAAAAAUUCGGGUUGCAAGGAAUUGUGCGGUUGGAAGUGGGAUACGAGAUGAUCUUGUGUGAUUUCCACAAGGAUAUUGAACUCGUUUCCAACGUCACGUUGGGUGUGGUAAAUGACCUCAUAGGAUUUCCUCCUGAUGAGCACAAAUACGUCCACCAGCAUCCGUACAAACCUCAUAGAAAAGCUGGGGACCAUCCACACCCCAAGGGCCUGUCCGACCCCAAGGGACCUCCAGGUGGAGAGUUUUACAAGUACUAUGACUAUGGCAAGAGAGGUGAUGAAGUUGACGACAUUCCUGACUACGAAUCUCUUUCUUACAAUAGAUCGUUAUUGCUUAGCCACCUCAGAUUAGAGACUGGGUUUGAAUGGGGCCAGGCAGGAAACACCCAUGAUUUUGGUGAAGACCGAAUUCUUCUUGAUUUCUCCAAUAUGGUCACUCCCAUCAACAAGACGUAUAUCGAUCCUAAUGCCUAUAGACGAAACAUUAGUUAUAUUUCCCAAGACUUGAAGGACGACAUCAUCCACCUGUUUGAACAGAUCUACAAGGAGCCCACAGUUCCUUUUUACAAGACCAACUGGCAAUCUAUCACUGGUGCAAUCACUCAGAAGUUCGGUCCAAUGCUUGUGAACUUGAACUCUUCAUUGUACCACGAGAACCUAAAGGAAGUGUCGGACAGGAUCCAACUACUCACCUUCAACUUCGUCAGACGCUAUACUAACGAUGCCACCCAUGGGUCGGCGACACAAAGAGAAGCUGCCAUCAAAAUUUCCAUUGAUGACUAUGUGUUCCAUACCUUCCAUUUAAGGAAUACGGAUUUCCUAAUUUAUGCUUCCAUCUACAAAGUGCAAUCAGAAAUCGUUAAUUUCAUUUUUGAUAUCUUCGACUUUUCCAAAGAUCUUGCUCACGACAUCUACAUUAAGGGUGAGUACACGAGCCACGAUGAAGAGCUAAAACGCAUACAGAAAAGAUUAUCAGACAUGUUGGAACUUUUCAACUGGUCCAUCAGCUACCAAUGCUCUCAAACGUGUGCCUUUGAUGAAACAUGUUAUACUCCAACUUGGGGUCCUGGACCCUUCGGAUGGGGAAUCCAAGGUAAUACUGAUUUCUUCGAUUAUGAUGGCAAAACCUACUCAAUCAAACAUGAAAUGAGCUGUAUUAAGUAUACAGACGCCCAAAAGGAUAUCGCACCGUUGAAUUAAUAGUUAUAAAUAUUAGAUAUGGUCAUGAAAUGCAUAAAAUAAGUUAGAAUGAUAGGUGUUCAAGCGUCUUGGUUAGCUUGGCAGCACCAUCAAUGUAUGUAUUAUUGUCGAGGGUGACUUUUGCCCGGUUGGCCUCCAAUCCCCCCAAUAAGAAGCAUGCUUUGCAGAUUUUGUUGGAAGAAAGAUAUCCACACUUAUCACAUUUCCGUGCUUCCCCUGGAGCGGGCGUCUUCUUUAACAGCACGGACCCGUCAGGGUUGACUUCUUGCUCGGGCAACUUCUUCUUAUUAUUUUUGUAUGUGGUGGUCACCUGUUUCUUUCUCAACUCAAAAUGCUCUCCACUGUAAAUGAGGUCCAUAAUACAAGAAGGUCUGAUUGAUUCCAAUGCCUUUAAAAGUUCUCUGGUGGUGCCUCGGAAUGAUUCGGGGGCAUACGUACACUCGGUAGAAAAAUAAUCCAAUUUCUUGUAAUGGGCAUACAAAACAAUUUCCUUCUGGUAGGUGUACUUGAAAGGUUUGGAUCUUUUGAUAGGAGAAUCGGCAGAUUCGGUCUUGAUAGUACAAGACUUGUCUAGUCUUUUGGAGUCUCCUCUGAGCACGUUCAUUAACACUGUUUCUGCCAUAUCAUCAGCAUUAUGUCCUGUUAAUACAUGAUUUAUACCCAACUUCGCAGCACCUCUAUCCAAGGCUUGACGUCUUAAAACUCCACAAUAAGUACACGAGUUUCUCAUUCCUGAGCAUGCAACAAUCUCGUCCAUAGUCCAGUCAUAAAGCUCUUUAUACGAUACAAUCUCUAGCGGCAUCUCGUAUUGUGCCUGGUUUCUUUUCACUGUAGCCAAAGAGUCAUCCCUGUAGCCUUUGAUACCUUCAUCAAUAGACAAUAGCACCAAAUGAAGCCCAUAGUCAUAACGCUCAUUCAAUGUCUUCAUUACACUGGCUAGAACAGUGGAAUCCUUGCCACCAGAAGCUCCAAGAGCCACUGUUUCACCCUUGUAGAAAAGUUUUGCAUCCGUUAUGGUGUUGUGGAUUUCGGUUUCAAACACAAGGAAAAAACACUCUUUACAUAGCUUCUGGAGGUUUUUAGGUCUCUUCAUCACCGCCUUACGCCCAUGACAUAACUCACAUAACUGUGUUACUUUCAACUUCUUAUCCUUUUUCUGUUCAACGGUCAUGGUGGUGUU